GGGUGCGGGUGCGGGCGGUGCGGGUCCGGGCGGCGGCUCCACGGCCAUCCCCACCGGGUACGCGCUUUGCGCACCGCAGAUGCCGCUCCUGUCCGACUACCGCAGCUCCGGGUACCCGGACACCGGGACAGCGCUCAAGAGGAGACGGGACGUUUUAGAAACCCAAGACUCCAAUUACAAGCCCGAGUCGAACUGCAAGGCCAGGAAAGAGCGGACAGCGUUCACAAAGGAACAGAUUCGGGAGCUGGAGGCCGAGUUCGCUCACCAUAACUACCUGACCAGACUGAGGCGUUACGAGAUAGCAGUAAACCUUGACCUCACGGAACGACAGGUAAAGGUGUGGUUCCAGAACAGGAGGAUGAAGUGGAAGCGUGUCAAGGGUGGGCAGCCGAUAUCUCCCCACGGUCAGGAGCCAGAUGACACGGACUGCCUGACCUCUCUGCCCUCCGACCCCUCGAGCCUCAGGAAUGCAGAUGGAAAAGGACACAUGGAGAGCUUGAUGGACACGAAGGCGGUCAUGCAAGACAGCAUCAGAUAAAUCCAUUCACAACGGCAAGGCGGACAACCAAACAACGCACCUAGCUUCACCCAGGGCCAAUUCCUUUGGCCUUGAAAGCAAAUUGGAUCGUUGCGUGCAGUCAACAUGGACUCAUCCAUCUUCGAACCUUCCCCCUCCCUCCCCUCCUCACCCACGUACCUUUUCCCCCUUCUAAAAACAGGGGGAACUGUGGACAUAGACCUUUCCGUUUCGGUAAGCAGGAGGAGAGGGGCCAGAGGAAGAACUGGAACGUGUAAUGUACCCGUUAACCCUUCCCCACGGACUGUUGUUUGCCCCCGUAGCUGCUUAAGAAGAAGCUCGUCGAGGCAGAACAAUGGGAACAACCGGUGGAUCUAUGGAAAUUAUCCAUGACAAGACGUGAACAGCCUCCCUCGAUUUUUUUUUUUUCGCGUGCGCGCGUGUGUGUAGUUAGAAAUUGUCCCGACGUGUCUCAUGGACUUAUAAGGAAAAAUAAAUUGAUUUAGUGAAA